UCUUGUUUUCUCAUUGUAUGGUCGUAGAUAGGAAAUAUUAUUACAUUAUAUUCCUCAUGCUGUUUCCUCUAGGUUUCAGUGCCCCAGUGCAGGUCUGUUCCAGUGCCCCCAUGCAUGUCUGUUCCAGUGUAGUAUAACAGGCCUGGUGUUCAGGAUGGAGGGAGAGGGAGAGGUGCUCUAUAGGACAGUCCACUGGGACAGGAGGCUUCUAUCCCAGAAUGGCAAGAGACCUGCAGGACCCCUGUUCAAGUUUACAUGCCUUAAGGGGUCUGUCUGUCAACUACACCUCCCACACUGUCAGAUUCAUUCUGAUGGUGGAUGUGACUUCCUGUCUGUAGCCCAUGUGACUGAUGACAACAUAGAGUUUAUCCCUCCUCUUGAGAUAACAGAAACACACAUCAUAAUAAACAUCACUGGAUUCUCUGCUUAUGGAAAUGUCCAUGAAGAAGAUGCUCCCAUCUCCCCUAUCCAGGGGCUUGUGUUGUUAUUCCACCAACCGUUUGUCCCUGAACAGAGGUCCAUCCUGAAUGUGUUUUUGCUUCCCAGUAAUGUUGUGAGAAAAGAGGUGCGGGAGGUGAUUGAAAGGGAUGGAAUUAGAGAAAUUCUUACAACUUCUCCGUGUAAACUAACCCCAAAGCAAGAAUACACCCUCUCCACUAAUUCUGCAGAUGGACAUCGAAUACAGCCAAAAGUAAAUCUGGGCUAUAUUUGACUAAAACAUUUUUUUAUUACUAUGUAAUUUUUCAUUUCAUUCUCACUCACUGACUAGUAAUGUCUCUUUAUUUCAGGAAGCAGAGUUUGUGAAAUUUGAUUCCUAUGAAAACUACUACUACCCCACUUUUCAGUUGUUCUUACAAACUAUAGUUAAAGAAGUUGAUCUGCUUCUGAAAGAAAAGGAAGGUGAUGAACUUGUAUGGAACAGACUUGUCUGGCUGCCAGGUAACAGACAUUCAGAGCUCAAAUCAAAUCAAGUCAGACCAGGAACAGCAGUACUGUUACAUGUUGUAGUUCUCUGAUAGUAGUACUGUUACAUGUUGUAGUUCUCUGAUAGUAGUACUGUUACGUGUUGUAGUUCUCUGAUAGUAGUACUGUUACAUGUUGUAGUUCUGAUAGCAGUACUGUUACGUGUUGUAGUUCUCUGAUAGUAGUACUGUUACAUGAUUGUAGUUCUCUGAUAGUAGUACUGUUACAUGUUGUAGUUCUGAUAGUAGUACUGUUACAUGUUGUAGUUCUCUGAUAGUAGUACUGUUACAUGUUGUAGUUCUCUGAUAGUAGUACUGUUACAUGUUGUAGUUCUCUGAUAGUA